AUGGCUCGUGGAAGGUCGAAAUCUCUAGUGAAGCAGGUGGCCUCCGAAGUGCCUGCCUACACACGAAAUUCCGAUGAUAACGAGUCCACAGAUUCCAGAAGCAUACACAAUCCUACGCUUCCCAAGGGUCAAUCGCACCACGUAGUGAACACAAGUCCGGAGCGAGGAAGGUCAAAAUCCUUCAAUGUGGGGGUCAAUGUGAAAGAAGCAGUGGCUCAAGUGAUGCCAACGUAUCCUUUCACGGACGACGAAAAAGACCAGCUAUGGAUGAAAUGUCUAGAUACGUUCAACUACAACGCCGUGUUGGACUCUCAUCACAUCGACAACGUGAACGAUUAUAGCGAUGAUUUGGUUUUGUCAUUUCAAACAGACUGCAACAUGAAUGUGAGUCAUAUAGAGAGUCUAAUGAGGGAGAACGAGUUCAUGAUUUCGUCUCUCAAUGACUUGAGGCUCAGGUACGAUAAAGUGUCGAGAGAAACGUCGGACUUCGCUACGCAGGCCACAGAGCUCCUCCUGAAACAGAAUGAGCUUGAGGCCAAGGCUCAGCAGAUGGAGCAUGUUCUUAAGAUCUUUGAGCCUUUAGAGAGAAUAAGUAAGAAGUUGGUCUCUUCUGGCAAUUCCAUUGUUCGUACAGGUAGAAUAAACACGAUGUUGGUGCAAUUGCAAGAAUGUCUUGAGUUCCUUGAAUCCCACAACAACUACAAAGAUAGCGAAGUUUACAUCAUACGCUAUCGCCAGUGCAUGACCAGAGGUUUGACUUUGGUAAGGAACUUCUUGAUAGAGAACAUCAAGAAGAAAGGCGAUGAAGCUGUCUCGAAAAUACAAAACAGCAACCUCAAGAGCUUGUCCUGGGAUAUCAUCUUAUACAGUGAAUUUGCAAGCGAGCUUUCCAAAGAGCCUGAAGUGUCUAGCUUCCCUACGCUCAUUCGACAAAUCGUGCAACAAAGCUCAUCGCAUAAAGAGUACCAAGGGUUGGUUAUCGACGUACUAUCCCAGUAUUUUAACUCCAGAAAGCAACUAGUCUAUCGGAGUAUUGAUCAAAAUAAGCCACUGGGUGAUCUGGAGGGCUUAAUUCUACACUGUCAAAAGACAAUCUCCUGGUUCAAGAAGGUCUUGGAAAAGGAGUAUAAUCUAUUUAUCAAAUAUUUCCCUUUCGAACUGUGGGAUGCUGACCUGCAACUGCUCUUUACAGCGGAGCUUAGCUCGUUCUACAAGGAUCUUCUUGAGCCUUUAUAUGACGACGUAAGAAACAGGGUUCUUCGAGAGCAAAACAUCGGAGAAUUAUGCAAGCUAACGAACUUACUUACAGCAUAUUUCGAGUUCGAUGAUGAUACGUCAGUUGCAAGCACGGUAAUUGAUGCUAAAAUCGAAUAUGGAGAGCUUUUUGAGCCUUUGCUUAGCAUUUCUCAAUCCAGGCUCAUUUUCCGCAUCCAGAACUACAUCGACAACAAACUCACGAAGUAUAAACCAAAAGCAGAGGAUUUACGUCUUGGUAGACGCAGAUCAUCCGGCAAGCAGAGAGGCAGGGAUGAUUCAAUUUUUGAUGAGUUCGAAGAUAAUCUUUUUCCCGAAGCGUACACACCUGUUGGCAAGGCAUUAACUAUUCUAUCAAACAUCUAUGACCUAAUCAGCUCAAUCGUUUUCGAUGACAUGGCGCAUUAUAUUGUGCACAGUUGUAUUGGAAUGUUGAAAAAUAGCGCUUUGCCCUUGGCAAAAUCGCAUCUAGGUAGCUCUGACGCAAAGCUAUUUUACUUUAAAAACUUGAUGAUAUUGAGGACUCAGCUCAAUAACUUUGACACCCAGUAUGUCAGAAAUGAGACUUCGCUAGACUUCACUAGCGGGAUUACGGAAUUAAUCAAAACCUUGAGAAGUGGAGAGCUCCGAGUCAAAGUUAAUGAGAUUGGCGGUUUAUUCGAGCUAGUGAGAAAAUCGGCACCCCAGGUCAUCAAUAACUUAAUUGAUGCAAACCGUGAAACAGAAACCGAGUUGAGUAAUAUUGUCACCGAAUGGGUGACAGAAACUGCCAACACGAUCUGUGGCUCGUUAAUGGACGAAAAAUUGUCUCUCAAGGAUGCUCUCGUGACCUUCAAUGAUGCUAUCAUCAUGCAACUUCCAAAAAUCCACAGUCAAGUGAAAGCGUUUGUUGACGAGAAUGAUAUCAUAAAGUUUCUUGUCGACCAGGUUUCCAAAGUAAUAUUCAGCACUUACGAGCAGUUCUAUAGUGGGCUUGAGCAAAAGGUGAUGACCAAUAAAAUAAAACCGGAGGAUAUGAGCGACGUGAUGGAGCCAGAUGCUUUCUUUAAUUUCUUGAAUGAUACCAUCAGUGGGAUUUUUCAAGCAGAGGAAGAUGAACAUAUCACACUAAACGAUAACAUUCUAGAUGAACUUGAAGAAAGCCCAGACAAGCUGGUUGAUGAAAAGGCCUAA